AAAAGACAGCGGGCUCUCUUCUGUCUCUGCACGAUUCUCACUAUCAUCCCAGGGUGCAGAUCACUCCGACUACGAAGACUUGAGAGACUCUCCGACCAUCACAUCAGCCCCUCGUCCUGCAGCUGCGACAGAGACUCGGACUCCAACAUGUUCUUGUUCCUCUUCCUGGUUGGUCUGGCUCUGGGUGCUGCGGCUCCUUCAGAUGACAAUCAUCAAGUGAAGCUGCAGCGUGGCGGCUGUCCCAUGUUCUGGUACAACUUCAACGGACGCUGCUACAAGUACGUCUCUACACAUUUGACCUGGGCUGAUGCAGAGCUCCAGUGUGUGUCAGAGGGAGCCAACCUGGUGUCGAUCCACAGUCCGGGGGAAAAUGAAUUUGUCAAGUUCCUGAUAAAGAACUUUGACUCAGCUCAAGGACACACCUGGAUCGGACUCAGUGACACCCAGAAGGAAGGAGGAUGGAUGUGGUCUGAUGGUUGUGCAGUGGACUUUGUCUUUUGGAAUGUAGGAGAGCCAAACAAUAGUGGAGGAAAUGAAGACUGUGGACACAUCUGGUCUGGCAACACUCUGAAAUGGAAUGAUUAUCAAUGUUAUCGAACUUUUCCCUCUGUUUGUGCAUCUCGCAUAACGUGUCCAACUUAACUGAUGGUUGAAAAUGUCUGAUUCAAAAUAGUCUCAGUUCACCUGUUGCUCUGUUGACUUGCAUCAGAACAAUAAAGAUACACAUGUGCACAUUAA